AUGGCAUCCUUCACAGAAAUCAAUGCAGUCACCAUUUCUCUAAUCUUGAUCCUCUCAUUCACGUUGCCAGCAUCAACAUCGGCACAACAACAAUGUGAUUCCGCAUCAACAGGAGGAUGCCACGACAAGGCCAAAUCCUUACAGCUAAAGCUAAUUGCCAUCUUUUCAAUCUUGGUUGCUAGUAUGCUUGGGGUGUGUUUACCAUUAUUUUCACGUACGAUCCCUGCACUCAUGCCCGAUAGAGAUUUAUUUGUAGUGGUAAAGGCAUUUGCUUCAGGUGUUAUCCUUGCGACGGGGUACAUGCACGUGUUACCGGACUCUUUCAACGACUUGAUGUCUGAUUGUUUGCCGAUAAAUCCUUGGAAGAAGUUUCCUUUUACCACUUUUGUUGCCAUGUUGUCAGCUAUACUCACUCUCAUGAUCGAUUCUUUCGCGAUGAGUUACUACAAGAAGCAUGGUUUUGAUAAGAAGGGUGGUGGGGUAGACGGUGAGAAAGUGAACAAUGGGGAGAGAGGGUUAGGGAAUGUUGAAAAUGGUGGUGCACAUGUUGGACAUUGCGGUGGAUUUAAUGGCGGGGCUAAUGACAAGGAUUCAAUGUUGUUGAGGAAUCGUGUUGUGGCUCAGGUUUUGGAGAUCGGCAUUGUAGUGCACUCAGUUGUAAUUGGUUUAUCAAUGGGUGCCUCCAACAAUCCGUGCACAAUCAGGCCGCUCAUCGCUGCUCUCUGCUUCCAUCAACUCUUUGAAGGAAUGGGUCUUGGAGGAUGCAUAUUACAGGCUGAAUAUGGAAUGAAGAUAAAAGCAAUCCUGGUGUUCUUCUUCUCUACAACAACCCCAUUUGGAAUUGUACUAGGAAUUGGUUUGUCAAAUGUGUACAGUGAUAGCAGCCCAACAGCUCUAAUUGUUGUGGGAUUACUGAAUGCAUCAUCUGCUGGAUUACUGAAUUACAUGGCACUGGUGGACCUCUUAGCUGCUGAUUUCAUGGGGCCUAAACUUCAAGACAGUAUGAGGCUUCAGGCAUGGUCAUUUAUUGCAGUUCUACUUGGCGCAGGAGGCAUGUCGCUUAUGGCAAAAUGGGCUUAGCUGAUUUGAAGACUUAGGCAGCACUGCUAGAUUGUCAUUUUGAACACAGAAAAUGUCAUUCUAUGUGUUCGUUCUGUGCAUAUUUAUAUCCUGGUUGAGUUUUCUGAGUUUUUUGGUUCUGUUUUUUGUUUCUAGUGAAGGAAGCAGGAUUGGGUAGUGCAAAUAAAUUCGUCUGAACAACUAUAUUUGAA